ACCCACGAUUUCAGUUACUACUCUCACUUCGUUUCCUCUGCCUCUCCUUUCUCUCUCACCGCACACUCUCUGAAUUGAAAACUAUCUCAUUCUCUUCUUUUCUCCAUAAUUUUCUUUCGAUUAAAAUCUAUCUGGCCCAAGUUCCUUUCCUUUUAUUCACACGAUCUGUCAAGUCUCCACGACCACGAAGAUAACCGAUGAAAGUAUAAUGAAAGAAAGAACAUGUGAAACUUCCAUUGGUUUAUUCGAAAUUUCUUCGCAGAAUCUGUCUGAGGCUUGUUUGGCGAAUUAGUUUUUCUGUGUGUUUUUUCUGGUUUUAUUGGUCCAUGCUAUUGCCUGAAACAACAUUUUCGUGGAUCAUACAGCUGAUCUCUUUCGCCGGAUAUGGGGAAGAAAGGAGGUGGUUGGUUAUCAUCAUUGAAGAAAGUGUUAAAGUCAUCUUCCAAUAGUAAGGAAUUACCGGAGAGAAAGAAAGACAAUGUAGAGAAAUGGCAACAUGAGGCCCCGGAGGUUGUGUCAUUUGAACAUUUUCCAGCGGAGAGUUCACCAGAUGCUACUAAUGAAGACGGCACUGCAUCAAGUCCAGUGAUUGAAGAUAGAAAUCAUGCCAUUGCAGUUGCAGUGGCAACUGCUGCGGCUGCAGAAGCUGCUGUUGCGGCUGCACAAGCAGCAGCUAAAGUGGUUCGGCUGGCUGGCUAUGGACGUCACUCUAAGGAUGAAAGAGCUGCUACCCUUAUACAAUCAAACUACAGGGGCUACCUUGCCAGGCGUGCCUUGCGUGCGUUGAAGGGAUUAGUGAGGCUGCAAGCACUAGUGAGAGGCCAUAAUGUGCGCAAGCAGGCUCAGAUGACAAUGAGGUGUAUGCAAGCACUGGUGCGAGUGCAGGCAAGAGUUAGAGCCCGGAGACUUCAACUGGCACAUGAGCAUCUCGAAAUGAAAUUUGAGGAAGAACAAGAAGGACAAAGAAGAUCAGUGGGUGAAGGAUUAAAUUAUCCGAAAAGCCCAUUAAAGAGUUGUGGAAUGAAAGUUUGGAACAACAGGCAGCAAAGUUCAGAGAGAAUCAAGGAAAAUGCUUCCAGAAAACAUGCAGCCAUGAGAAGGGAGAGAGCCCUUGCUUAUGCAUAUCAUCAGCAACAACAGAAUCAACAUCAACAACUCUUGCAUUCCGACCCAAAUGAUGAAUUCUAUGCAAUUGGAAGCGAAAAUGUGCAAUGGGGUUGGAAUUGGCUCGAGCGGUGGAUGUCAUCGCAACAGCCAAAUGAAGCAUCGUAUAUGAAAAUGACCGCCAGUACAACCACCACAGAUGACAUGUCUGAGAAAACAGUAGAGAUGGAUGUGGUCACUCCGCCAGUAAUGAGUAACACCAACAAGGGCCUACUGGACACCUCUCCGUACCCAGCUAAUCAGCAAAGACAAUCAAGCUUAAACACGCAUGUCCCUAGCUACAUGGCCCCAACCCACUCUGCCAAGGCCAAGGUACGUAAUCAGGCCACAAUCAAGCAGCGCGGGCCAUAUGUCGCCCAAUGGAAUUCAUCUACAAAGAAAGGUCCAAUUGUUGGUUCAAGUUGGGACUCAUCCAGUUCAGGGGGAGGAACAACUAUUUACCAAGCUCCAAGGAGUCCAAGUCCCAAUAAUAAUGGGAAGCGCCUCCAGUCUAGACGGAAUGGUGGGUAUAGCUUAGAUUCCAACGAUGGCCUGGAGGAUUGGAGGUUGCCUCCCAAUGAUGGCCACGGCUGGAAAAAUGCCUUUUAGCCAUGUGUUAUAUGGACAUUUCUCUUGUAUGUUUUUGCAAAUAAGUUACUAGCCA